AGCGGAGUGGAGGCCGCCGCCGCCGCCGCCGCACUUCCUGGACCGCGCUGCGGUCCGCGGGCAGGUGGCGGGUGGCCCGCCCGCAGUCGCCGGCUCGGGCCGCGCGCGUCUGGGCUCCGGAGGCCGCCUGGCCCGCCGCCCGCUGCCUUUUGUCUGGCGCAGAGCAGGCGUUCGCAUCCCGUUUCCGAUACCUCCUGCUCCUUUAUCCUGCUUCUCCCUCCCGCUCACAUCUUCUCCCCGCCCCCGCCGCCGGCCCCAGCCGGACCGCUGACCUCCUGGACCACAGCCCGAGGACGCCUCUGCCCGAGUGAUGUCUCCUCUCCAGAAAGUUGCGGUCGUCCGCGCCGCCGCCGCCAGGCGCUGAAACAAAGUCUGGCGGGGCUGCCUCGCUGUGCCGGAGCUCACCCGUGCCGGGGCUGGACGCUGCUGUCGGGCGCUCGGUCUCCCCCCGGACCCCGAACCGUGCCUGACCAUGGCGGAGGGCGAGGCCGGCAGGGAGGGUCCGGCGCCUCCUGACGCUGCGGUGAGCGAAGACGACCCCCGAGCGGGCCCGGAUGCUGCCUCCGGGGACACUGCUCCAGCGGCUUCUGGGAGCCGGAUGAGGGACCGUCGCAGCGGGCUCGCUCUGCCCGGUGCCUUGGGGGUCCCAGCGGACAGCGAGGCCGGCCUCCUGGAGGCUGCAAGAGCGACCCCCCGGCGUAGCAGCAUCAUCAAGGAUCCUUCAAACCAAAAAUGCAGUGGAAGAAAGAAAACAGUGUCUUUCAGCAGCAUGCCAUCAGAAAAGAAGAUCAGCAGCGCCAGCGACUGCAUCAGCUUCAUGCAAGCUGGCUGUGAGCUGAAGAAAGUGCGGCCAAAUUCUCGCAUUUACAACCGGUUCUUCACUCUGGACACAGACCUCCAGGCUCUUCGCUGGGAACCUUCCAAGAAAGACCUUGAGAAAGCUAAGCUUGACAUCUCUGCCAUAAAAGAGAUCCGACUGGGGAAGAACACAGAGACCUUUAGAAACAACGGCCUUGCUGACCAGAUCUGUGAAGACUGUGCCUUCUCCAUCCUCCAUGGAGAAAACUAUGAGUCUCUGGACCUCGUUGCCAAUUCAGCAGAUGUAGCAAAUAUCUGGGUAUCCGGGUUACGGUACCUGGUCUCUCGCAGUAAGCAGCCCCUUGAUUUUAUAGAGGGUAAUCAGAACACACCACGGUUUAUGUGGUUGAAAACAGUGUUUGAAGCUGCAGACGUUGAUGGGAACGGGAUUAUGUUGGAAGACACUUCUGUAGAGUUAAUAAAACAACUCAACCCUACCCUGAAGGAAUCCAAGAUCAGAUUAAAGUUUAAAGAAAUCCAGAAGAGCAAGGAAAAAUUAACCACCCGGGUGACAGAAGAGGAAUUUUGUGAAGCUUUUUGUGAACUUUGUACCAGGCCAGAAGUGUAUUUCUUACUUGUGCAGAUAUCUAAAAACAAAGAAUAUCUGGAUGCCAAUGACCUCAUGCUUUUUUUAGAGGCUGAGCAAGGGGUCACUCACAUCACUGAAGAUAUGUGCUUAGACAUCAUUAGGAGAUAUGAGCUCUCUGAGGAGGGCCGUCAGAAAGGGUUUCUUGCAAUUGAUGGCUUCACCCAGUACUUACUGUCUCCAGAAUGUGACAUUUUUGAUCCGGAGCAAAAGAAGGUUGCCCAAGAUAUGACCCAGCCCUUAUCUCACUACUAUAUCAAUGCGUCUCAUAACACAUACCUGAUAGAAGACCAGUUCAGGGGACCGGCUGACAUCAAUGGGUAUGUGAGGGCUUUGAAAAUGGGCUGUCGAAGCAUUGAACUUGAUGUGAGUGACGGCUCAGAUAAUGAACCCAUCCUUUGUAAUAGAAACAACAUGGCUACACACCUCUCCUUUCGAAGUGUUCUAGAGGUGAUAAAUAAAUUUGCCUUUGUUGCUUCAGAGUACCCACUCAUUCUCUGCUUGGGGAAUCACUGUUCCCUAUUGCAACAAAAGGUCAUGGCUCAGCAGAUGAAAAAGGUGUUGGGUAAUAAACUCUACACAGAAGCACCUUUGUCGUCGGAAUCCUACCUCCCCUCACCCGAAAAACUCAAACGAAUGAUCAUUGUGAAAGGAAAGAAACUGCCUUCAGAUCCAGAUCUGUUAGAGGGAGAAGUAACUGAUGAGGACGAAGAGGCAGAGAUGUCCCGGAGGAUGUCAGUGGACUACAACGGUGAACAGAAACACAUUUGGCUCUGUCGGGAGCUCUCUGAUUUGGUGUCCAUUUGUAAAUCUGUUCAGUACAGAGAUUUUGAACUGUCUGUGAAAAGCCAAAACUAUUGGGAAAUUUGUUCAUUUAGUGAAACAGAGGCCAGUCGAAUUGCAAACGAAUACCCAGAGGAUUUUGUAAAUUAUAAUAAGAAGUUCUUAUCAAGGAUCUAUCCCAGUGCCAUGAGAAUCGAUUCCAGUAACUUGAAUCCACAGGACUUCUGGAAUUGCGGCUGUCAGAUUGUGGCGAUGAAUUUUCAGACUCCAGGUCCAAUGAUGGACCUCCACACCGGCUGGUUUCUCCAAAAUGGAGGAUGUGGCUAUGUCCUGAGGCCAUCUAUCAUGCGAGAUGAAGUGUCGUACUUCAGCGCAAAUACAAAGGGCGUUGUACCCGGCGUGUCUCCCUUGACUCUUCACAUCAAGAUCAUCAGUGGUCAGAACUUCCCAAAACCCAAGGGAGCUUGUGCCAAAGGGGAUGUCAUAGACCCGUAUGUUUGUGUAGAGAUACAUGGAAUUCCUGCUGACUGUUCCGAGCAAAGAACUAAAACUGUACAACAAAACAGUGAUAAUCCUAUUUUUGACGAAACCUUUGAGUUUCAAGUCAACCUUCCUGAGCUGGCCAUGAUCCGUUUUGUUGUUCUGGAUGAUGACUAUAUCGGGGAUGAAUUCAUAGGGCAGUACACAAUACCGUUCGAAUGUCUCCAGCCAGGGUAUCGGCACGUUCCCCUGCGCUCCUUUGUGGGUGACGUCAUGGAACAUGUGACCCUUUUUGUCCACAUAGCAAUAACCAAUCGAAGUGGAGGAGGAAAAGGGCAGAAGCGCAGCCUUUCCGUGAGAAUGGGGAAGAAAGUUCGAGAAUACACCAUGCUCAGGAAUAUUGGUCUUAAGACCAUAGAUGAUAUCUUCAAACUAGCGGUCCAUCCCUUACGAGAAGCCAUAGAUAUGAGAGAAAAUAUGCAGAAUGCAAUAGUAUCUGUGAAGGAGCUGUGUGGACUCCCUCCGAUUGCCAGUCUGAAGCAGUGCCUGCUAAGCCUGUCCUCUCGUCUCAUCAACAGUGACAAUUCACCUUCAGUGUCUCUUGUGAUGAAAGACAGCUUUCCUUACCUAGAGCCUCUGGGUGCGAUUCCAGAUGUGCAAAAGAAGAUGCUGGCUGCAUAUGAUCUGAUGAUUCAAGAGAGCCGGAUCCUCAUAGAAAUGGCAGACACAGUCCAGGAAAAGAUUGUUCAGUGUCAGAAAGCAGGGAUGGAGUUCCAUGAAGAACUUCAUAAUCUGGGGCCAAAGGAAGGCUUGAAGGGAAGAAAACUCAACAAGGCAACUGAGAGCUUUGCUUGGAACAUUACAGUAUUAAAGGGACAAGGAGACCUGUUGAAGAGUGCCAAGAACGAAGCUCUAGAGAACAUGAAGCAGAUUCAGCUGGCCUGUUUAUCUUGUGGGCUGAGUAAAGUCCCUAGCAGUGGUGCUGAGACCAAGAGCAAACGCAGCCUGGAAGCAAUAGAGGAGAAGGAAAGCAGUGAGGAGAACGGGAAGCUGUGACCUGGGUGGUGUCAACACGCCGCCUUCCUUGUCAAAGACUCGGUUCCUCAUCCUUGUUUUUUCCUUAACAUUUUUUACAUGUUCACAUCAUCCCUUUUCUGGGGCGUUGGUCAUAGACAGAUAUUUUCACAAUGUCAGUAUUUCCUUGUAGUUAAUUUAUCUAAGUUAAAACCUUUAGUAGCAGUGUUUUAAACUCUAAGAUGUGAGUCUAUACCUAUGUAUGAAUGCCUGUGCGUGUGUGUAUGUGUAAGAGAGAGAGAGAGACAGAGAAAGAGAGUUUCUGUUAAGAUCUAUUCUAUGUUGCAUUACUGGUUUAGUAAGUUAUUCUAUUUUUUAUGAUCAUUUGAGGACAGUUGUUAAUCUUAUAUUUUAAUGAGCACUUACUGUAACCUGUUGCUGUGGUUAGUGUUAUUUCUUUGCCUUUGUCAUUUAAUUUAGAGAUCUUAGCACAGCUUAUUAUUGAAGAAAGCCAAAUUUAUCAAAGUGUAGGUGUUGUGAUAGGUUAAAUAUAGAUUUUAAAACUUCUAAGAAUUACAGUAGAAAUGAAAGUGAAUAAAAGAUUUUUAAAAGUCAAUUCUGGAAAGAUCAACAAAUUCAUUUCUUCAGUUAGUAAAGUUUUUAAAAUCAAAUAUUAGGACAUUUUCUGUAAUUGUUUACUAAACAAUUGAUUUCAGUAGAAAAGCUGACCACAGUGAAUUUAUAACUGCCGGGAGGUGUACCCGAAGCGUACCGAAAACUCAGUUGUAGCUAGGGUUUUUGAUGUGACAAGAACAUUUAGUUAUGGGAUUUCAGGAUUUUCAGGGCUUGCCUCAUGUUUCUGAAGUGGGAGUCUGGGAUUCACUCUCUCAUAACAGAAGUGGACACCUGAAAGUCUUGGCUUGAAUUGGAUUCAAUAUAGAACACUAAAUUUAAAUUUAAAGACAUCGUUCAAAUAAUGUCAUAUCAUGUUGAGCUGAUGUAAGUUCUGUAGGUCAGAUGACAACUUUAUAAUGAUUAAGAACUAAUUGAUUAGAAAGCAUGUAUAGUAUAAUUUUAACACAUAAGUCACCAAAAGGAAACAAAUGAGCAAUUAGGGUACAUUUAUAAUUGUAGAUAAUUUUUACCCUAAUGUCUUCAGAAAAUACUUAAAUGUAAUGUUCCUUCAUUACCUCCAACAGAACUAAAUGUUCUAUGGUUAUGAAAGAAUAUAUUUAUUCAAAACAUUGCUUUUAUUUUGAAAAGCUUCUUAAUUAAUUUGGUUAACAAAUAUGCUAAUUUGGGGAGCCUAGAGAAGAUAAUUGUUGAAAUUUUGCAAAUAUAUAUGUCUUCUAUAGCUACUAUGUUAUUUCUGACUUCUUAACACUAUUAUGUUCAUGUUGCAUAUUGUUGAAAGAGUAAAGAUAUAAAAAAUACAUUUCUGGUUCUCUUUUC